CUUUACGUAAAUAAUGGUAAUGACAUCUAAUUGGCGCGCGCUUCAGAACUAGAAAUUUUCUUUGAAACAAUGUCGAAAGGUGAGUGUACAGCAUUUUAGGCCGUUUUGAGCCCAUCUUUUUAUUAAGAUUCGUUUGGAAAUAACGUUAUGCAAAUAAAAUGCAUUUAUUUUGCGUUGCAGAAAACGUGGCUAAGGAAAUGGAAGAGAGGAUGGAAAAGGAAAUUCCUUUUAACCCAGACAAUAAAAUGGAUCCCUCUGUUCCCGAUAAUGUGGGAGCGACCAAAAACCGAGCACCGGAUAACGAGGGAGCGAUCAAAAUCCCUGCCCCGAAUAAUGAUGGAGAGAUGAAAGAUCCUGCCCUGGGCGAUGAGGGAGCAAUGACAAAUCCUGCCCAAGAUAUCGAGGGAGCGAUCAAAGCCACUGCCCUUGAUACCAAGGGUCUAUUGGCCGAUGAUGAUGGUGCAAAGGAGACACCUUUGGCUGUUAAUGAGGGUUCGACUAAGUCUUCUGUGCAUGAAGAGAGAGCCAAAGAGAUGGACAAGGAAGACGAUGCGGCUGUUGUUGCUUCUAUCAAAGCUGAAAUAUAUCGACAACAGAUGAAGUAUGCUCUGCUCACCAGCGCCAACGAAGAGCUGAAAAGGAACGUCUCGCGAAUCGAGCAUGACAUUGAGAAUGUCGUUAACACCUCUGAGUUCCGACAGCAGACAGUCGAGUUAUUCGCGAGAGUCAGAUCGCCAAGAAAAAAAUCAAGGAGCUCGAAGAUCUCCAGGCUGAAAAUGCCAAAAAGAUCACCGAGCUCACCGAGGCGACAACCAAUCUCGCAGAUGCAAAUGCGAAGCUGCUCGAGGCUGGGCUCGCGAGACAGGAAGAAAUUGAGAUGCUGCGCGAACAGCUCAAAGAAGCGACCAAGAAAAAGCCAAGCCGAUGGCAGAGAUUCAAGGCCCGCGUUCGCUUCUUCUUCGUAUAGAUACCUGCGCCCUUAUUCACUUCUUCUUAUUUUUUAUUCACUUCUUCUUAUUUUUUAUUCACAAAUUCGCACGAUACAGUACUAAAACAAUAUCACAAACAAUUUGAAAAUAAUACUAUAAAACUUUUGCCCUAAAAUUCGAUGACAUAGGAAUAGUAACAAUUUGGCCGAGGAAUAUUAUCUACAGCUUGGUAGUUUUUGCAAACCUGAAACCCAAGCGAUUUGUUUCCUACUUUCUUAUUACUACAACCGCCCGGACAGGCGAAAGUUUGGUAUCUUGAUAAUCCUGUGAAAAUCCAAACGCAUUCUGCCUCUCGUUCCAUUCAUUUUCUCUUUAACAUGAACUUCAACCUGAUCUCUCUACCGAGCUCGAUAUUCAUGACCUCGGUACGACUUUUUCCGCGAAAUUUUCAUGAAUCAGUUGAUCAAGUAAUAUUUAUUUAAAAUUUAUUUAGUACUGUAUCGUGCAAAGCUAGUCGGGAUAGUAAAUAACUGUAAAAUAAUUCCAUAUAAUUUCAUAUGUGUGGCGCAAGCAAAUAUGGGUGUCAUGAUUCAAUAAGUCGGAUUGAAUCUAACCGACCUACUUAGUGCUUUUAUAAAAAAAGAAAGCACUCUUUUUAUCAUUGUAAAUAAACAAAUGGAAGUCAA